GGCAGCCUGCUGGUUUCCUUCCACAAACAGAGAUGUCAGCUGGCAGAGGGAUGACAUGUACAUACAGCAAAUAAAACAAGCAAACGACGUCGAAAUUACUCAACUCUAGCAGAAACGCGCGAUUACGCGACGCAAACAUUGCUUCGAGGCGACAAAGUAAAAGCGAAAUGGGUGAGCAGAAAUGUUUUGACUAGUCAGCUGACUAGCCCGAUGAGAACAGCAACUACAGUGCUGCAAUAAAAGCCGACUCUUUAUAUACACGAGUGGCUCGUUUAACAAAUGUUUGGAGUUGUCUUUGCACGGAAAAGCGUUUGCCUCUUUUAUGAGGAAGUAGGGUUUUCCACAACUCUAUGACAGAAGAAAUUACUUCAACAUUUUUCCGCGCGUGUUGCUCUUCAAGUUAAGCUUGAUAAGUUAAUAGUACCAUGCCUGUCGGAGCUGUUUGCCACUCCCAGCUUUUACUGCUGUCAGGAAGUCGCUGAUGCCCUAUAUAGUGAUCACCCUUGACUGAGGAAAACAGCAGUCGUUUAUGUUCAGUCCAUCAAAGAGCAUUUGGAGCAAAAGACAGAGCAUGUGGCUUCAGCAGAGAUUAAAGGGGCUGCCUGGUUUGCUCUCGAGCAGCUGGGCCCGCCGUGUCUUGGUUGGAUUGCUGCUCUUCCUCAUUUUCUACUGGUACUUGAGCUCAGAUGGGCUCCUGAAGGCUCUGAGCAUGUCCAGGGAGUCUGGAGGAGCGGCGGGGGUAUGUUUGCAGACUGAUCUUCACAGGUGGGUGUCGUUGGUGGACCGAGGGGAGGGAGUGGUUCUCACCCCCCAGAGCAAAGAAACGGUCCCGUUUGUGGUCGGUAACGGACAUUUUCUGGUGGACGUGGACUCUAACAAACUCUGGGUAGCUUCAUCUUCACAGCCGGGAUCCGCACCCGUACACCAAACAGACUACGGGCCGAUAGCUCGGAUGCAGGUCCCGGGAACGCGCUCGGAGGCCCGGGGCAUGAUGCUGUGGUACAGAAAAGGCUCUGUUUUUUCCAGCAGGUGCAUCCUGACAGCUGCUUCCCAGUCUUCUCGCGACUGCGUCACCAUACGGGAGGAAUUCGUCGCGCAUCGCAGCCGACCCAACGUUUAUCUCCAGAGGAUUCACGUAUCGAACCCCACAGACCGGCCGGUUCUGAUCGACCUGGUUUCGAUCGAGUCUCUGUCGUUUAGGAGCGCCGCGGAGAAGGUGGAGGAUAAGGAGUUUGCGCUCUCCUCGGGACGUGUGCUCACGGAAAAGAAGGAAACCGUGUUGGUGGUGGUGGGCACAAAGAAGCUGAGCCCCAAGAUCCAGGUCUCUGCCAAAUCUGAAUACUCUGAAAACCUGGUGAGCGUGAUUCACACCUCAGAGCCCACCGAGGGAGGGAAGCUGGACGAGACCCUGGGCAAACUGAGAGAAGGAGUCAAGAGAGAGAUGGUGGACGUCCUCAGAGCCAAUGUGGAAGAGUUAAUGCAAGAGCACCAGCAGGCGUGGGUGGAUCUCUUCAUAUCUGGUGUGGAAAUCAGAAAGAUCACAGACGCUCAUACUCCGUCCAGUCUUACGGUCAACAACACGCUGUACUACAUUCUGUCGACCUCCACAGCGCCCCUCCUGGAUCAGAGUCUGACCGCAGAAGAGCAGGAGCGCCUGGAGUCCAGUCUGAACUACGCCGACCACUGCUUCAGCGGUCACGCCACCAUGCACGCCGAGAACCUGUGGCCCGAGCGCCUGACCAACGUGGCUCAGAUCCUGCAGCUGGUCAACCUCUGGAACCUGACCUUCCAGAAGAGAGGGUGCAAGGUCCUGGUGGCGGCAGGCACUCACGGCAUGAUGCAAGGCAUGGUGCUGAGUUUCGGCGGCCUGCAGUUCACCGAAAACCACCUUCAGUUCCAGGCCGACCCGGAUGUUCUUCACAACAGCUACUCUUUGAGGGGCAUCCAUUACAAUAAAGACCUCAUCAACCUGGCCGUGUUGCAGGACGCCGAGGGCAAGCCCUUCCUCCACGUGUCCGUCAAGCCUCAGGAGAAACCCGUGAAGCUGUACGCCUGCGAGGCCGGCUGCAUGAACGAGCCCGUGGAGCUGACCUCGGAGCUGCGAGGACACACGUUUCCGGUGAUGGUGACCCAGCCCAUCACGCCUCUGCUGUACAUCUCCACUGAUCUCACGCACCUGCAGGACCUGAGACACACCAUGCACGUCAAGGCCAUCUUGGCUCACGAGGACCACAUGGCCAAGCAGUACCCAGGCCUGCCCUUUCUCUUCUGGUUCAGCGUGGCGUCCCUCAUCACGCUCUUCCACCUUUUCCUCUUCAAACUCAUCUACAACGAGUACUGUGGGCCUGGAGCCAAGCCGCUCUUCAGGAGCAAGGAUGAUGUUUCUCUCUGAAGCCAAAUCCAGUGUGCAGAAACAUUAAAUAUGGCUCUUUCUCUGGAUGUCUUCUCAGGAUUGAUUUUAAUCACUGGAGACGUACUGAUGCAUAUAUCGCUGUCUGAAUUUAAUUAUGAACAUUAUCCGAUUUCUGUCGAGGAGCAUGUAAGUGGUUGAUAUAUGAAGACUGUUAAAUGGUGCCCUGUCUUGUGCGAAAUAGUGCUUCAAUAUCAAUAACUGUGAAGGAUUCAAAAAGACCUUUUGUUAAUUUAUUAUUCUAGUUCAUAAACGAGCGCAGUAAUAAAAUCCCAACGGAAACCGAAUCAAAUACGCAGCUCCUAAACGCUGAUUUUUAUGUGAAUGAAGAAACAAAAAGAUAAAAUCGCCAUGAAAUGGAAGCAGGAACAGAGCUUUACUUCUGUAUUGCGAUCAACUUUAGUUCAUCAGAUAAUUAAAAAAAAAAAAAAAAUGUAAGGUGUGGUUUGGCUAUAUGGGGAUAAACGAUAAACUUAUUUUUACUUGAAUAAUGAAUUGUGACAUUUUGAUUUUGAGGUCAUUUCUGAGCCUCAUUGAAACAGCUGGGAACAGGGCAAGUUGUAUAUUUAUUCGAGCAAUCAGCAUUAAACAUCACACAUUGUUAAUCACGUGGAACAGUGAAGGUAGAACAGCAUUGCAUUAUUAUAAUGACAUACAUGCAGAUGAUAACUCCUUGUCUCUGAUCGAUGUCCCGUCGUGUUUAAAAGAAAAUAAAUGUGUCUUGGGCUCAA